GGGUGGGAGGACAGAGUAAGUGAGUGAGGUGCGGAUGGUGCGAGUGAGUGUGAGUGUGAGCGUGAGUGAAGAGGGUGUGAGUGAGAGCGUGGAGCGUGGAGUGUGAUUAAAGAACUAGAGUCUCAGAAUCAGACAACAGCACCAAAGAACAACAGCUGUGGAAAACAACAAAAAACAACAAUAACAGAAACUACAACAACAACAACAACAACAGCAUCAACAACAACAACAGCAACAACAACAACAACAACAACAACAGCAACAACAGCAACAACAACCACAAGAAACAGUGGAAGCCAACUAAGGGAUCAUUACAUGGACAAUUGGAUUGCUAGAAAUAGCAGUUAAAUUUCUUUGAAAUCGCAUACUAGUGCCUUGGAAACCAGAAGGAUUAUUUCAUUGAGGAUAAUCUUGUAUUAUACGACUGGAUUAAGAGUUUGUUUUGUCAUCGAGAAUGUUUGGUAGUGCUUAAGACAUUGGACAAUGUCGUCUCAGAGAAUCUAUGGAUGAAUGCUAGAGGGGAAAAGACAAUAACGGAAAGAAAGAUAAGGGUAUGAGCUGGGAUGGUCAUGGCCGGAGUGUCAUAGUUCUGUUGGAUUCGGAGCUGAGGAGAUAGGAGUUUAUAAAAAAAGGUGAAGAAUAACGGGGAUAAUAAUAAUAAUAAUAAGAAGAAGAAGAGCAACAACAUCAACACGGUCGUUGCUACACUGCAAACACCAACACAAACUGUAACAUCGCCACCGCCUACGACAACACUACCCAUACCACUGGUGCUACCACCAACUCUACCAACAUAAACAGCAACACUGUUAGCAGAACAACCACCACUGCCAGUAACACCGCGGUAACAACUACCAACAUCACUGCCACCACCACCACCACCACUACUACGACUACCAACACUACCACCACCAAACACUUGUACUACCACCACCACUACAAUCAGCAACAACAACGACAAUACCAUUGAAACCAUCGCUACUAUCACCCCCACCACCAUAAGGAAGUGAAUAUUAAUACUACCUCCACCACCACAACCUACUACUACAACAAUAUCAAUACUACCUCUACUACCACCACCAACACCAUCACCACCACCACUACCACCGCCAUCCACAUCACUGCCGCCACCACAACAUCAAUACCACCUACCACCACAGUAGCAACAACACUAACCACCUCAAAAAAGAAUGUUAACGAUGGUAAUAUAGUAUUAAUUAAGACUUUAAAACAAGACGAAACAGCAGUGAAGCAGAUGAGUUGUUAUUGACAGUCAUGCUGACCACCGUCCACCUUGUCCAACCGACGAGACAAACUGACCUUACGUGCACGGAUAAUCAAUACUCUACGUCAGCGUCAACGAAAACGUUGAAAUCCGACGGCAGAUUUUGCCGUCGUUGCCGUCGUCGUCGCUGUAGUCGCCAUAUCUUCCUGAAGUACCGUCAUUAUAAACCCAAUGGAUGUUACACCACCAAUGGCCUCGUCGUCGCUACCUCCCAGGCCAUCAUCCCCUCUGACGGGGUCACCAUCUCCACCCAGGGUACCGUCACCCCUGGCAGUUUCACCGUCACUACCCACGGUGUCUUUCUCAUUGGUGGACUCGGACUCACCGUCAACACCUGGGACAGCAUCGUCAUUGACAGGCUCUCCAUCAUCACCCACAGCGCCGUCCCCACCGACAGGGUCACCUAUGUCACCCCCGAUGACAUCUUCAUCACGGGCGGAGUCAAUACCGUCACUGCCCAGCCCGUCAUUGCCGGUGAUGGCGUUGCCAAUGACAUUACCACAAGAGGAGUCGACACAGACGCCAUCAUCCUCACCGCCAAUAACACCAGUACAUGCACCACGUCCAACGACAUUGCCUCUAGCCCCACGGUCGACAGUGCCACAAGUACCGUCACCAUUGACGGUAUCACCAACGCCAUCACCACAACCGUCACCACAGCCGUCGCCAAAGCGAUCAUCAAAAUUCUUCCUACGCCCAUCUCCUCAGCGGUCCCCACGGGCGAGCCGUUCAGCACAGAAGAGCCCAUCACCACAGGCGAGCCCAUCGCCGCGGGCGUCCCCAUCCCCACAGGUGUCCCCAACGACGUCACCCUGCUCGUCUCCUCAGCUGUCACUCACGUUGCCGCCACGGCCUCCUCAUGCGCUGUCGCGGCUCUCGCCUCGGCUGUGGUCAAAGGCACGCUUUCUUUCCCCUUCCAAUUCUACCCCAUCCCUUUAUCCACAGUCCCCUGGAACAGCAUUAAAUAGACGAGGAUACCUUCGGGAUUUGUCUAACAAGAAAGUUAAGUUUACUGUUACCCCGGUAAAAGUUGAUAUACUUAAUGAAAACAGCAAUUCCAGUUCGAAACCAAGACCCCGGUCUUUAGACCUUCUUGAUGUUGAUGUGGAACCUACAGAGACCCUUACACAGUCCAGUAUUACUCAGUUGCUGUCUUCAAAACUGAAGGAAGUUGGCAACAGAAUCAAGGAAUACAGCAUUCCACAGAAUUCUCUUCAUUAUCGUAAACGAAUUGUUUCCAAGUGGGAGGCAUUAAAUUAUGACACGUGGGAGAAUGAAAUUUCCAUGGCAGAAAGUGAAGCUAAGUCGAAGAAAGAAGUACGCAAAACAUGGCUGAGUCGUUACUUUGUAAUGUUGAUGACAGGAAUAGCGACCGCUCUGGUUGCAUUGCUCAUCCAAUUAGCAGUGGAAUAUGGUGCCUAUUACAAGUUUAAAUUAAUUAAACACUUCAUCGACAAAUGUGUUGAAGACAAGUGCCUGUACACGCCAGCCUUGGUUUGGAUUGCUUUCAAUGUGAUCAUCUCGACUAUAGCAUCGGCGUUGGUCACAUAUCUUGCACCUCAAGCAGCAGGCAGUGGAAUUCCUUUGAUAAAAGCAUAUUUGAAUGGGGUGAGGAUACCUGGAUUAUUGAGACUCCGCACACUUGUGGCAAAAGCAGUGGGAGUCAUUCUAUCCCUACUAGGGGGUUUGUUAUGUGGAAAGGAAGGUCCUAUGGUCCAUUCCGGUUCUAUCGUGGCAGCAGGAUUUGGAAGAGGACGUCUUCCAUUUUGUGGCAAAGACUGCCUGUUAUUUGAAGAAUUACGAUCGGAUCAUGAAGUCAGGGAUCUGGUAUCCGGUGGUGCAGCUGCAGGUGUCUCGGCUGCAUUCGGUGCACCAGUUGGUGGCACCUUGUUCAGUGUAGAAGAAGCGGCAAGUUUUUGGAGCAAUGAACUUACUUGGAGAGUGGUCUUUGCUGCAAUGACGGCCACCUUUUUCACCAAUCUCUUCCUGAGUGCCGCUGUCGGCCAUUUUACUCAGCUGUCAUCACCUGGUUUAGUUCGAUUUGAUAUCUUUCAGGAAGACAUGGCCUUUGACCUCGUAGAGUUUCCAAUAUUUGUACUGAUGGGUGUUGUAGGUGGAUUGGUUGGCGCCUUGUUUGUUAUCAUAAACUACAAACUUACAGUGUUCCGAUAUCGGUAUAUUCGUAGGAAAUGGAUGAUGGUUGCAGAGACUGCUCUGGUUGCUAUGGCGACGGCAGGUGUUGGUUUUGUCUUCAUCUACACCAUUAAUGACUGCACUGAUAUAGAGCCUUACGACCACCACCAUGCUAUUGUGGCGAAGGUAUUUUGCAAAGGAGAUAACCAACAUAACUCACUUACCUCAUUAUUCCUAACAACACCAGAAUCUACGUUAAAAGGCCUGCUGCAUGACAAAAUAGGUUCCUACAAAGUGACCACAUUACUUAUAUUUUUGGUUCUAUAUUUUCUACUCUCUGUCUGGACGUAUGGCCUGAGUAUCUCGAGUGGGGUCUUCAUCCCUUCCCUGACCAUAGGGGCCAUCUGGGGACGGCUGCUUGGCUAUGGAUGCAUGGAGAUUUUCCCACAUUUGAAAAACAAUUUAGGCAAAUACGCCCUCCUCGGGGCCGCGUCUCAACUCGGUGGGAUUGUGCGCACUACAAUCAGCAUAAUGGUAAUUCUGGUUGAAUGCACCGGUGACAUAACUCUCGGACUGCCUCUCAUGAUGGUUCUUAUUAUAUCCAAAUGGGUUGGAGACUUUUUCUCAACGGGUCUGUAUGAGAUGAACAUCCAUGUUGCCGGUAUACCAAUGCUCCCCUCGGAACCUCCGCCAAUGUUUGAAGAUGUCAAAGCAAGUGACAUCAUGAGCAAGCCAGUGGUUUGUCUUCCAACCAUUUGUUCAGUGGGUAAAAUUGUGGAUCUCCUCAAAGUGGAAACUUCAUGCGGAUUCCCAGUGGUGGAAGUGGAAAACGAUUCAGACUCGGGAAGUCUGGAGACAUAUGGUAAACUAAAAGGAUUAAUUCUCAAGUCUCAGUUGAUGGUACUUCUGAAUUUUAGGAUAUUUGCACCAGAUGGAGCAGUACAACCAAGAUGUUUACGAAGUGCCAAAUUCCGUGAUUUUUACAGUGCACAGUACAAGAUAUCGGAUCUGAACAUAACAGCCAGUGACAGACAAUGUGUAAUGGACAUAACAAAAUACAUGGCUCAUAAUCCUUUUACCGUUCGAAUUUCUUGUUCCCUUCCAAGAUUGUUUCGUCUCUUCCGAGGUCUUGGUCUUCGCCAUUUGAUCAUAGUCAAUGAUAAGAAUGAUGUCACUCCUCCACAUCCAUAGCCAUCCUCAUCAUCAUUAUUAUUAUGAAAAAUCUCAGCUUCAUUUUGUUGGGUAUGAUGGAAAGUGUCAGCUGUCCACAGCCAGCAGACUAAGGUGACACUUGUUUACUGGUCAUGCUUCAAGAACCCUACAGAGAGAACUCUGGCAGUUCCAAGCAAUGAUGAAUUUUGUAGGUGAUCUAUCUUUACAUUUGCAUCAAUCUUUUUGAUUAAUGUUGGUAGUUGAGUGCUGAUACUUCUAAUUGCACCAAUUACUACUAGUAUCAUGUCCGCUCUAUUCAUCACCCACAACCUGUGUAUUUCCCCACUUCAAGUCAUCAUAGUUGUUCAGUUUUUCUUCUUCUUUCUCUUUGAUCCUGUUGUCACCAGGUCAUGCAAUGUCAAUUAUCAGGCAUGCUUUUUUUUUUUUCGUUUCUGUUCACCACAAUAAUGUCAGGUUUCCAAAGUUA